AUGGAUUAUCGUCGACCAGCUCGUAUUCAUCGAUUUCGACCAGGAUUAAUUACACAAGUAGAUGAUGCAUUACCUGAAUAUAUGAAUUUAAUAGGUAUGAUCUGUUCUAUGUGUUCAUUAAUGCUUAAGAUUAAAUGGUGUGCAUGGGUUGCAUUAUUUGCUGCCAUUGUCGGUUUUGCCAAUUCACGAGCUUCGGAAGAUACGAAACAAGUACUUAGCAGUCUUAUGCUUUCAAUAUCUGCCGUUAUUAUUACAUACAUGCAAAACCCUACACCAAUGACAAUUCCAUUUAUUCAAUAG